AAAGAUAAUGGAUACAAGUGAAAUAUUACACGAUUCCUCUUCAUUUCUUGGCGUGUAAAAUGAUCAACUGCGUAGUUUUCCCACAUGUACCAAACUCCUCCUCAAAAACAAGAGUUUUGUCAUGUCUUUGCUCGGUGAGACCGACGGGGGGCGAGCAGCUGAGAAUAGACAGACGGCGUCUGUCCUUGAGAUAUGACAGCCGAGGGGUUACCCAUCUGUAUUCCCGGGACAGUCGAAGGCUUCAGCGCGUCCUUCUACCACCAUGCUGGGGGUUAUUGUCAGAGCUGCGCUGCGUCCAGGCAUUGCGAAUCCAUGCCGUUUACUUGGAGCGGUGUCACAGAUCCCUGAGAGGUCUUUCGCUCAUCAGGAGGGUUUGCCUAAGCUACCUGUUCCACCUUUGAAACAAACAUGUGAUCGCUACCUGGCCACCCUGGAGGCUAUCGUCAGCGAUGAGGAACUGGAACACACCCGGAUGCUAUUACAGGAGUUCCUAAAGAGUGGAGUAGGAGAAAGGCUCCAAAAGGAGCUCGAGAGACGAGCGCGAAAGACUGAUAACUGGCUGUCAGAGUGGUGGACGCAGUCAGCAUAUCUGGACUGUCGCAUGCCCGUGGCCAUCUACACGAGCACUGGAGUCGUCCUGCCUCGAAUGCACUUUGAAGACCGGCAAGGACAAAUGAGGUUUGCCGCCAAACUCAUUGCAGGGGUUUUGGACUUUAAAAGAAUGGUUGAUACUGAAACUCUGCCUGUUCAGUAUUUGAAUGGAAAGCCUCUGUGCAUGGACCAGUAUUACCAGAUUCUGUCCACAUGUCGCAUUCCUGGACCAAAGAGAGAUACGGUGGUGCAUUACUCUGCAGGGAAGACACCUCCUAGUCAUAUCACUGUGGUCCACAACUUUCAGUUUUUUGUUUUAGAUGUUUAUAACAGUGAUGGCACCCCGCUGACAGUAGAUCAGAUCACCAUGCAGUUGGAGAAGAUCUGGAAUUCUUCUUUGCAAACUAAUAAAGAGCCAAUUGGCAUCCUGACAUCACAGCACCGCAACACCUGGGGAAAAGCUUACAACAACCUGAUCAAGGACAGGACUAACAAGGAGUCGGUCCGUGCCAUCCAGAAAAGCAUAUUUACAGUUUGUUUGGACGCUCCGAUGCUCCGAGUGUCAGAUGAAAUGUAUCAGAGCCGUGUGGCAGCUCAGGUGCUCCACGGAGGAGGGACACGGUGGAACAGUGGCAACCGCUGGUUUGAUAAAACACUGCAGUUCAUUGUUGGUGAGGAUGGUACGUGUGGACUGGUCUAUGAACAUGCACCUGCUGAGGGUCCACCCAUUGUGUUUCUCAUCGAUUACGUAGUUAAAUACAUGCAGAGAACUGAAAUGGUUCGCUCUCCAAUGGUUCCCCUGGCCAUGCCUCAGAAGCUACGCUUUAACAUCACACCGGAGAUCAAAAGAGACAUUGAAAAAGCCAAACAAAAUAUGAACAUAAUGGUGCAGGACUUGGAUGUGAAGGUGCUCACAUUUUCUCAUUUUGGAAGAAAUUUGCCAAAGCAGCAUGAGCUGAGUCCAGAUGCUUUUGUGCAAAUGGCUCUACAGCUAGCCUACUUUAGGAUGUAUAGUAUUUGCUGUCCUACUUAUGAGAGUGCAACACUGAGAAUGUUUAAAUAUGGACGCACAGAGGCAAUCCGCUCAACUACUGUGGACUCACUUAAGUUUGUUCAGGCAAUGCAAGACCCAUCUAAGCAGAACACAGAGCGGUUGGCACUGCUGCAGAAGGCAGUUCAAACUCACAAGGAAAACACACACAAUGCAAUCCAUGGACAGGCUAUUGACAGACAUCUGCUCGGGCUGAAAAUACAGAGCAUUGAAGAUCUGACCUCUAUGCCUGAGAUAUUCAUGGACACUUCUUAUGCAGUAGCUCAUCAUUUUAAUCUCUAUACCAGCCAGGUUGGCUCCAAGACAGACUGCGUGAUGUGUUUCGGUCCAAUGGUGCCAGAUGGCUACGGGGUGUGUUACAAUCCCAUGGAUGAGCAUAUCAACAUCGCCAUCACGGCCUUCAACAGCUGUGAGGAAACAAAUGCUGCCAACUUUGCCGAGGCUGUAAAGAAAGCGUUGUUGGACAUGAGAGCUCUCCUCACAGAAACAGCCGCGACCAGACAGUGAUCUCACACAUGAGCCCGGCCCGGCGCGCAGGUUUUGUAUGAAGCUGAAACUAAAUCGACUUUUUGCCAGUAUUGUUGGCAGAGCGCCAGGCUGGCAGAGGACAACUAGCAGGAAACCUGUUACCAAAGGAUUGAUUGUGGAAAACGCAAUGUGUGACUGUAAAUGCACUGCCUUUAAAAGGAGAAAUGAUCUAUGAUAGAUGUGUAUUUUAAAAUAUUGUGAAAGCAA